AUGGCUCAUGUCGCGCAAAGCCGAAACGUGAUUCGGCAUGUAGUCCACAGAGGAACGGCUUUCCACAAAUCUGAAAAUGCGAUCCAUCAUCCUCUCCUCUUCGCCUGUCAAGGAGUUCGUUACAGAAAAUUGGAAGUCAUUCUCACUACGGGGAUAGAGAAGCUUGGGAAAGCAGGUGAGACGGUGAAGGUAGCUCCUGGAUACUUCAGGAAUUGUCUUAUGCCCAAACUUCUUGCUGUGCCAAACAUUGACAAAUAUGCUCAUCUCAUAAGAGAGCAACGCAAGAUGCGUAAUUAUGAAGAAAAGGAAGAGGUUAAGGUGGUUCAUAAAACUUCUCAAGUCCAGACAAAAGAGUUUGAAAAGGCCGCAAAGCGCCUCGCAAAUGCCAAUUUGGUACUGAGGAAGUUGAUUGACAAGGAAAAGUUCAAAAACCGCUCCUCAAAAGAGGACAAACCUGAUGUACAAACGCCUGUGACGAAAGAAGAGAUAGUCUCUGAGGUGGCGAGACAGCUCUGUGUGAAGAUUGAUCCGGACAAUGUGGUUCUGCCAACGCCGUUGGAAACUUUUGGCGAGUAUGAGGUGCCUUUGAAAUUCCCAAAGACUAUUCCUUUGCCACAAGGAACUGUUCAAUGGAUUCUCAAAGUCAAAGUUCGUGGCCAUUAA